CCACUCUUUUGACAGCAGUUCACUCCAAAGGUGGUGGGUCGGCUGUUUGGGGAGGCUUAGCCUCCCCUGGCCUGCUAUACCCACCACCUAUGUCUGGUUUAUUUGAAUAUACCUCCAAAAAAAGUAUUUUGUUCACCAUUUCUUGCCUCAUCCUGCUAUCCCCUGCUUCUCACCAUCAUCUGAUCCUGUCUUUCACCCACUCUCACCUACCUCUCACUUUGGUAAAGACUGAAGUACUGGAGCUCUGGCCUCAGCAGCCACCAUUUGCCACUCCCAAGAACAGAAUUGGAAAAAUGAGCAGUGCAGCAGCGUCUUCUCAGCUGAAGUCUAAAGGAAGCCUACCCCAGGUUCUUUCCCCAGUGAAACUUCAUUCUACCCUAGCUGCUCAAUCUCCAGGACACAACAGUAUCCGAGUAGUUACAAAUGCUGAAAUGAGCAGCUUUGGUUUGAAUCCUGAAGAUAAAAUGCCUUUUACACCAGACGCCAGCCAAACAUCUUGCAGACUCCUGCUGAACAGUACUCAAAUCACAGACAGCCCAAGAAUGGAUGCAACAUCUCAGUUGUCUGAACGAAGCUUGCAUGUCUGUAAUCUCUCUCCUAUUUCUCUUGAAAAGAAUGAUGGAGCAUCAACACGUUUUUUAAAUGAAAAUGUGCAACCAAGAAUGGAAUGGAUGAGCAAAGCUGUCACACAGUCUCUGUUUCCGCCGCUGAAAAAGGAAAGUACUUGUAGAUGGGACAGAACAAAGUGA